UCCUAACACACACUUAGGCUUGUGUUCUUAUACUUUGCCAUUUCAUGUCACCAGGAUCAUGGCGUCUCAGGCGUGUCAACCUCUGUUAUCCUCGUCUUCUCAAUCCCACUCGCUCCAUCACCUCGAAACAAUAUUAUCAGACACCACGCUUCCCUUGUUCCAACGCCUCAGACUCGCCUUCUUCAUCGAGUUCAACCUCCUCUUUCAUCUCGCCGCUCCAGCCGUCUUCGUUUACAUCGUCAACUACGCCAUGUCCAUGUCCACCCGCAUCUUCUCCGGCCACCUGGGCAGUUCCGAGCUUGCCGCUGCCUCCCUCGGCAACGGUGGCAUCCAACUCUUCGCCUAUGGCCUCAUGUUGGGAAUGGGAAGUGCAGUGGAAACACUGUGUGGGCAAUCAUUUGGAGCUCGCCAGUACGAGAUGCUAGGCAUCUACUUGCAACGAGCAAGCAUCGUUCUGACUCUAGUUGGUCUGCUCGCAUCCUUCUUGUACAUUUUCGCCAAACCCAUUUUGAUCUUCCUGGGCGAGUCACCAAAAGUUGCUUCCGCGGCUGCAGUUUUCGUCCAUGGCCUCAUACCUCAGAUCUUUGCCUAUGCUAUCAACUUCCCCGUUCAGAAAUUCUUACAAGCACAAAGCGUGGUGUUUCCGAGUGCGGUUAUAUCCACAGCUACGCUAGUCGUACACCUUCUCUUAAAUUGGCUUGUUGUGUACAGACUGGGGCUAGGCCUAUUGGGGGCCUCCAUGGUGUUAAGCUUGUCGUGGUGGAUUAUUGUGAUUGCUCAAUUUUUGUAUAUAGUGAAGAGUAAUAGGUUCAGGCGCACUUGGGGUGGGUUUUCAUUGCAAGCAUUCUCCGGGUUGCCGGAGUUCUUCAAACUGUCGGCGGCGUCGGCAGUUAUGUUAUGCCUCGAGACAUGGUACUUUCAGAUUCUGGUCCUGUUGGCUGGCCUCCUUGAGAAUCCUGAAUUGGCUUUGGAUUCACUUUCAAUUUGCACAAUGAUAUCUGGAGGGGUAUUCAUGAUCUCAGUUGGAUUCAAUGCGGCCGCAAGUGUGAGAGUGGGGAACGAAGUGGGAGCAGGACAUCCCAAAGCUGCAGCGUUUGCAGUGGUGGUGGUGACGUUAAUCUCAUUCAGCAUAUCAGUGAUCGCAGCAAUAGUCGUGCUUGCACUGCGAGACGUCAUCAGCUAUGCCUUCACAGAAGGAGAAGCCGUGGCUGCUGCUGUCUCGGAUCUUUGUCCCCUAUUAGCCAUUACCCUCCUUCUUAAUGGAAUUCAGCCUGUUCUUUCUGGAGUGGCUGUUGGUUGCGGAUGGCAAGCUUUGGUGGCAUACAUCAACGUGGGAUGUUACUACGUAGUUGGGAUACCUCUUGGCCUUCUUCUUGGGUUUUGCUUCAACACUGGAGCCAAGGGAAUAUGGUCAGGAAUGAUCGGCGGCACAGUGUUGCAGACAGUCAUUUUGAUUUGGAUCACUUUUCGUACUGAUUGGAAUGCGGAGGUGAAAGACGCAGAGGAAAGGCUGGGCAAGUGGAAUGACCUGCCGGUUGAAUAACUCCGAAUCAUUCAGAAGUGAUAAGAAGCGCAAGUUGAUAGCAACGCUAUCUUUGGGUUGUCAUCAUAAUAGAUCAUAGAUUUCUAUCUUCCUGGCCCAUCCAUGGAGAAACCCAUAUUUUCGCAAUAAUCAUUUGAUUCGAUGGCAUAAUCCUUCCACCUUAAUAUAAGGUAUCAUGGACUCAACUCAAAAAUAGGGGGGGAUUAUAUUAGAGAGGGGUGUGUGAGGAUUAACUAAGGGUGUUGUGUGAUGUGUGUUGCAUAUGUGUAGAAUCCUAUUUCCUGUAGGCAAAGUUUUGAUAGGUUUUAAAUUGUAAUUACUGUUUAAUUAUAAGAAGAAGAAGAAACCAAAAAAAUUUUCUUCUC